AUAUUUGCAUAAAUAAGAAGAGGUUAAUUGUUUAAUUGACUGCUCAGGUUGGAACAAAAGCAGAAGACAGACCCUUCUUGAGCUGCGUUUAAGACCCUACGAAUGUGCGUUUUCUUUCUGGUCUACAUUGGUGAAACAAGUUUUUGUUGUCAGUCGGGAGUGUUUUGGCAGAUGCAUUGGGAAAGGAAACGGAAAUUACGUACACCGAGACUCUUUGGGAUUGUUUUUUUGCUUGCGGGGUAGACGGCGCCGGUUUUUUCGGGUCCUCCGUAAUGCGAACCCCGGGCUCGGCGUCGGUUUCACUGGGAUAGAGUAAGCAGAGGGGGAGCGGGAGCUGGAGCCUGUUGGCGGGGGGAAACCGCAGUCACGAACGCCGACAUCUCCUCCUCCCUUCCCUCUGAAAACCGCAGCUGACCCAACCGAAGACCCCCCGCCCCCACGAUGAACUCGGAUCGCCAAAGUGAUAGCGAAGAUGCCGAGCGGUCCCGGUUAGACGGGCCUAGCGACGAGGCUCCUGCACGGGAAGGCCCCGCCGAUGGCGACGAGCAGGUAGAGGGGGCUCCCGGGCAGCUCAGGCGACACCGGCGGAGCUCAAGAGCCGAGUCCGGAGAAAAGCAAUCCCCGCAGCCAGGUAGCUCUUCCUGCCCCCGGACAGCCGGGUCGCCCAGCAGCAGCGGUAGCAACGUGUUUUGGUCGCUCCGAGAGAGAUGCCUGGGUCGAGGAGCCUACGUGGACCCGGCCCGGGAUAACUUCAGGACCAUGACGAGCUUGUACAGCUCCAUGAACCCAGCGGACUCCGUCAACCUGAGCACCAGGACGCACGGGGCAGUGUUUAACUUGGAGUACUCGCCCGAUGGGUCCGUCCUGACUGUAGCUUGCGAGCAGACUGAAGUCCUUUUGUUUGACCCCAUUUCUUCAAAGCACAUCAAGACUCUGGUUGAAGCCCACGAAGACUGCGUUAACAACAUAAGGUUUUUGGACAACCGCCUCUUUGCUACCUGUUCCGAUGACACCACGAUCGCCCUUUGGGAUCUGAGGAAGCUGAACUCCAAAGUCUGCUCUCUGCACGGCCACGCCAGCUGGGUGAAGAACAUCGAAUACGACACCAACACCCGGCUGCUCGUCACCUCAGGCUUCGAUGGCAACGUGAUAACAUGGGACACGAAUAGGUUCACAGAAGAUGGCUGCCCACAUAAGAAGUUCUUUCACACCCGCUAUCUCAUGAGGAUGCGUCUAACGCCAGACUGCUCCAAAAUGCUAAUUUCCACAUCAUCUGGCUAUCUGCUGAUCCUUCACGACCUAGACCUCACUCAGUCCCUGGAUGUGGGGAGUUACCGCAUUCUCAGGGCCAGGAGGACUACGUUAAGUUCAGACAACUCUACGUCUGGCUCACGGUGCACAAGGAGCUCACGGCACGGCAAUGAGUCCAUCAAGAUCCCAUCGCAGCCAUCACAGAGGGAGGGAGCAUCUCCUCGAAACAGCCUGGAGGUGCUGACUCCAGAGAUCCCCGGAGAGAGGGACAGGGGCAACUGCAUCACCUCCCUUCAGCUGCACCCCAAGGGCUGGGCCACCCUGAUCCGUUGCUCCAGCAACACCGAUGACCAGGAGUGGACGUGUGUGUACGAGUUCCAGGAAGGCACUCCAGUGCGCCCCAUCUCCCCUCGCUGCUCCCUCAAGCUCACCCACUACAUCGAGGAGGCCAACGUGGGCCGGGGCUACAUCAAGGAACUGUGCUUCAGCCCCGACGGCCGCCUCAUCUGCUCACCCUACGGCUACGGGAUCCGGCUGAUGGCCUUCGACGGGCAGUGCAGUGAACUGGUGGACUGCCUGCCCAAGGAAUCCAGCUGCCUGCGGGAGAUCAGGUCUAUCUACUCCCAUAGCGACGUCGUGCUCACCACCAAGUUCUCCCCCACACACUGCCAGCUGGCUUCUGGGUGCCUUAGCGGGCGGGUGUCCCUCUACCAGCCAAAGUUUUAGCCACUACUCCCCUUCCCCCACCACCCCCCACCACCAUCACCCCUCCUUCCUCCUUCUUGGACAUCGCCCUCCUCUUUUCACACGUACUCGUACAGCCUUCCUCUUUGUCGGUGAGAGGUGGAGUCCAGGCUGCUUGAGAACCUUUUCCGCCUUCACAAUGACUUGACUGCCGAGGCGUCGAAGUCUGGAAGCCAUGCUGGGUGGCAAAACGAAUGUGCUGGUUAUUUUUGACUAACGCAGGAAACCGUUUCAGGUCUGCCGAGAUUAUUUGAGGGGCCAUAAUGCCAUGCCUCCUUGGGUAGUCCCCAAUGACUUUUGCCCUUUGUUCUAUUUUUAGCUGCUAGGCUGCUAAUUGUAUACAGUAAAUACAUGCUGUUUGGAUUAUUUUCUUUGCUUGUUUUUUUUUGUUUUUGUUUCAGUCCAUCUUCAAAAUAUGUGGUACGUUGUGUUUUAUCAUGUUAAAAUGGCUGUUUAGUAAACGGACCUGCUGGGGGAAAAAAGAAACUGCACCGCAUGUUGCCCUCCUCUCUUGAACAAUUUUGCACAAAAUCCAUCUGCACUAUUUUAAUUCUGUACACUGCAUAAAAAAACUAAAAUGGAAGCUAUAAAGAGGUUUUACAGUCUGUCAUAACCACUUUCUCAUCAUGCUUUGCUCACUUUCAUUGACAUUAAAUUCGCUUCUCCCCUGUUGGUUUCAGGGGGACAACAUUAACACAAAAUAAAUUCACACUUUUCAGAGAUU